AUGAGGGCGCGGGAUCAGGGGCCUGCGCGGAGUUUAUUGACGGCGGUCGUCGCCCCCCUCCCCCGCCCCGCCGCGCGGUCGCCCCCCGCCGUCCCCCCCCAGCGGCUCCUCAAGUUCAAGGUUGAAGCGGCGCGCGCAGCUCAGUGCGAGGGAGUCCGGCCCGCGCAUCGGUCGUCAGCCCUCUACUCCCGCUAUGUCAGUGCGUCGCGCCGCAGUCAGCCACGAGAACUCGAGCCCAGCUCACAUCGCCGUGAAUCGCUGACAACGCGUCAAUCGGAUUACUAUCGCACAUUCGGAUUACAGUGCCUGUGCCUGUGCUUAACUAUACUGACGUGA